AUGGGGAGAGAAGGAUACCCCCCUCUCUCUGUGUUUCCUCAUAUCUAUCUAUCUAUCUAUCUAUCUAUCUAUCUAUCUAUCUAUCUAUCUAUCUAUCUAAGUCUGUUAAAUAUCUAUCUAUCUAUCUAUCUAUCUAUCUAUCUAUCUAUCUAUCUAUCUAUCUCUAUCUCAGUCUCUUCAAUAUCUUGCUCUAUCUUCUAUCUUCUAUCUUUCUUCUAUCUUUCUUUCAUAUCUUGUUCUCUUCUUUCUUUCUUUCUUUCAUUCUUUCUCAAUCUCUUCAUAUCUAUCUAUCUAUCUAUCUAUCUAUCUAUCUAUCUAUUAAAUCUAUCUAUCUAUCUAUCUAUCUAUCUAUCUAUCUAUCUAUCUAUCUAUCUAUCUAUCUAUCUAUCUCAGUCUCUUCAUAUCUUGUUCUGCUUCUUUCUUUCUUUCUUUCUUUCUUUCUUUCUUUCUCAAUCUCUUCAUAUCUAUCUAUCUAUCUAUCUAUCUAUCUAUCUAUCUAAGUCUGUUAAAUAUCUAUCUAUCUAUCUAUCUAUCUAUCUAUCUAUCUAUCUAUCUAUCUAUCUCAGUCUCUUCAUAUCUUGUUCUGCUUCUUUCUUUCUUUCUUUCUUUCUUUCUCAAUAUCUUCAUAUCUAUCUAUCUAUCUAUCUAUCUAUCUAUCUAUCUAUCUAUCUAAGUCUGUUAAAUAUCUAUCUAUCUAUCUAUCUAUCUAUCUAUCUAUCUAUCUAUCUCAGUCUCUUCAUAUCUUGUUCUGCUUCUUUCUUUCUUUUCUUUCUUUUCUUCAUUCUUUCUUUCUAUCUCAUCUAUCUAUCUUCAUAUCUAUCUGUUAAUCUAUCUAUCUAUCUAUCUAUCUAUCUAUCUAUCUAUCUAUCUAUCUAUCUCAGUCUCUUCAUAUCUUGUUCUGCUAUCUUUCUUUCUAUCUAUCUAUCUAUCUAUCUAUCUAUCUAUCUCAGUCUCUUCAUAUCUUGUUAUCUAUCUUCUUUCUUUCUUUCUUUCUCAAGCUCUUCAUAUCUAUCUAUCUAUCUAUCUAUCUAUCUAUCUCACCAUGUUUUCCUUCAUUUGCUUGCUCUCUUCUUGGUGCCAUCUUUUCUUUCAAUUGCCAGCACUCUUCUUGAAGAAAUGUUUUCUUUCCAUUGUCAAUUCUUUUUUUGGAGACUUGGGACAUAUUUUCUUUCAAUUUGCUGGAGCCAUGUUUUCUUUUCAUUGAUUGCUCUACUGAUGGAGCCAGGUUUUCAUUCAUUUGCUAACUCUCUUCUUGGAAUCAUGUUUUCUUUCACAUGA